GAUAUUAGCAAUGCAGCAGGCUAGUGUAAGCCUGACCGUCAAUCCAAUUCACUUUUGUUUGGCAUGUUACUUGGCCCAUCUUGCUGUAUAUAAUAUGCUCAGAUGUCCCCAAAUUGAUUGGAAAAAUCAACAACUUGCCUUGUCCCCAACAGAUCAAAGGAUUGUCAGUCUUCCGGCAGUGCACAUACUACAAAGUCUAGCCAUAGCCGGCUAGAGUUCUCCGUCUCCACCAGAUCGUCAUGAUGUUUGGCCCCCAGAAACUGGUGGCAGUGGCCUCUCUGGUCGCAGAAUUUGCAGCCCAAGUAACGGCCGAAGCAACCCCACCGCUCAAGUACGGGCUCGUCAUGUUCCCGGCCGUUGAGCUCCAGGACGGCAUCGGCCCCAUCGACCCCCUGCAAAUCCUCGCCGCCAAGCACAACAUGACCCUAUACAUCCUCGCCGAGACCAUGCAGCCCGUAUCGAGCCAGAUCCCGAUCGGAGUGACCCCAUUCGCCCCCAGCAUACUGCCGACGCACACCUUUGCCGACGCCCCGGACGACAUCCAGGUGCUUAUCGUGCCCGGCGGACCGGGCGUACGCGACCUCCAGACCUCGGCCUCGGCCGAGGCCUACAUCCGGGCGACGCACCCUAAGCUGGAGCAUCUCAUCACCAUCUGCACGGGUAGCAUCCUGGCCGGCAGGGCUGGCGCGCUCGACGGCAAGCUCGCCACGACCAACAAGUCUGCGUGGAAGAGCCUGACGCCGUCGGUGCCGGGGGUCAAGUGGGUGGCGCCGGCACGCUGGAUUAGGGACGGCAACGUUUGGUCGUCAUCUGGAGUGUUGUCGGGGAUCGAUCUCAUUCACGCGUGGAUCAAGGUCAUGUUUGGCGACGAGGAGGAGCAGAGGAUCGCGGGCCUGACCGAAUACAUACCGCAGACGAGCCAGUGCGAUGAGCCUUACACCGCAAGGUUCAACAUCACGCCGACUGCUGAUAAAUGCAUCGAGGAAUAGGGUCUAUGCGGCCGGUUGUUGUAGGGUGACUAUUUCCGGGGGGUCACCAGACGAAAAAAAAAAAAAAAAAAAAAAAAAAGAUGAUACUUGCCACCGAAUUGUACAGGUCAUCACUUUUUUUUUUCGAUAUCGUUACCACACCGUUUUUGCUAAGUACGGGCUGGGGGAGCAUGGGCUUUGCCGUUGAAGCUAAUGCAGAUAAGAAAAGUAUUUGACUGGACGUUACAAGGCAAAUAAGAAAAAAUGAGAACCUGGAUGAGUCGAAGACGAAUAAUACGAACGUAACAAGAUUGAAAAGCAACCCAAACAAAUCUCUCACCAGAUUUUGGCGUUUUGCCAAGAGCCCCGGCGGUUCUCCGUAGUCGUCCGCAGAAGUUGGAUAGCAACAGGUAAUCUGGGAUGAUCCCUACAGAAGAUUCCAUCCAAUCUGCCAAUGCAUGCUGAGAAAACCACCCCUGACAACAGCUGAGGGACAAAACCACCCCACCCUCAACCGAAUUUCGAAGCUCCGAUGUCGUUCCAGGCGUGUCGUCACUG